UCAACAAACUUAAUGGACGGAGUGACGAGUGAGAUCUCAUUCAGAAACUCGCUGCAGGUAACAGCAGGCGAACGCUUCACCCUCAGACAGGUUCGUGCUGACGUUGCCCCAGUGAAACUGUGACAAGCCUAUGUGAUUAUGUCGUUAGCGGAAAGGACUUUUCCAUAAAUUCUGGUCACAGCUGAAACAUGUUCGGUUUUGGGAACCAGUUAAGCCCUGAACAGGCACGUCGAGCAGAACAGGAGAAGGUGAAUCACAUACAGCUAGAAGGAGGCAAGUCCAUGACACCAUGAGUCCUCCAGCUCUGCCCGUGGUCUUCUGCUGUUGCCACAGGAAAAUCUGGUUGCAUUCAGCAGCCCGAGGCAAACGCAUCUCUAUUUUCCACCCAAUUAUUAUCUGCCCCCGGAUGAUGCUAUGGAAGGACAAGCAUAAUGAAUAGAUACACUACCAUCAGACAGCUCGGGGAUGGCACCUACGGCUCAGUCAUCCUCGGCCGCAGUCUGGAGUCUGGAGAGCUUGUUGCCAUAAAGAAAAUGAAAAGAAAAUUCUAUUCCUGGGAAGAAUGCAUGAAUCUUCGUGAAGUCAAGUCCUUAAAGAAACUCAACCAUGCUAAUGUGAUCAAACUCAAGGAGGUAAUUCGAGAAAAUGAUCACUUGUACUUUAUAUUUGAGUACAUGAAGGAGAAUUUAUAUCAGCUAAUGAAAGACAGGACUCGGCUGUUUCCUGAAUCUGCUGUAAGAAAUAUCAUGUUUCAGAUACUACAGGGGCUUGCAUUCAUUCAUAAACAUGGGUUUUUUCACAGGGACAUGAAGCCUGAGAACCUUCUGUGCAUGGGCCCAGAGCUGGUGAAAAUAGCUGACUUUGGUCUUGCCCGAGAAAUCAGAUCUCGUCCACCGUACACAGACUAUGUCUCGACUAGAUGGUACAGAGCACCAGAGGUUCUCCUCAGAUCCACAUCCUACAGUUCCCCCAUAGACCAGUGGGCAGUUGGAUGCAUCAUGGCAGAGCUUUAUACCCUCAGGCCUCUUUUCCCAGGCUCCAGUGAAGUAGACACCAUAUUCAAGAUUUGCCAAGUCUUGGGUACACCAAAGAAGAACGACUGGCCGGAGGGAUACCAGCUGGCAAAUGCUAUGAAUUUCCGUUGGCCUCAGUGUAUUCCCAGUAAUCUUAAGACACUGAUCCCGAAUGCCAGUCCUGAAGCCAUCCAUCUGAUGACAGACCUGCUGCAGUGGGACCCCAAGAAGAGACCAGCUUCUGCCCAGGCUCUCAGGUACUCUUACUUCCAUGUCGGCCAGGCUUUGGGCACUCCUCAGCAGAUCCUGGAGCAGGGCAGACCUCAGCCAGGCAUUGUGCCACUGCAGGUUCCUUUACAGUCACAACCAAUGCUGCAGCAGCAGCAACCCCUGCUGCUUAAGCCUGUGCCCCCCUCCCAGCCUCCACCUCCCAACCAACACUGCUCCCCCUCCAGGCCUCUCCAGCAGAUCCAGCCCUCCUCCGCAGCCGCCCAGGCAGCAGGGUACCAACGGCACACAGAGCUGGUGCGAGAGCAGCAACCGAAGCACAUCCUGAAGCAGGAGCAGACCGAAGGAACACCACAGAGCACACAUCUUCCCUAUAUUGUUGACAAGACUCUGCAGAGCAAACAAGCAAGACAGGAGUCAGAAAAUGCAAACCUACUGAGCUAUCAGUUGAAACCCAAAGGAGGGCGGCGGCGUUGGGGCCACAGCACAGGACACCUUAAGGGUGAAGACUUGGACGACUAUGAAGAAACUGAUCUAGCAUCCAUCAGUAUUCUUGGAAAAAGUAGCUUCUCCACAGAGAAGUCGAGGCAGGGGGAAGAUACACGUGGCAGAUAUGGAAAUGUUUUGGAUUUCAGUCGAUCCAAAGGAAAAGAAGAUGCACCUUUAAACCUGAACAAGACCACAGCCUACGAAGAGCCAUCAAGAACUGCUUCUGCUAAACAGCAUUACCUGAGGCAGUCAAGAUAUUUACCUGGCAUUAGUACAAAGAAGAAUGUGGCCAUAAAUGCCAGUAAAGACUACAUUGGAAGCCAUCUUUGGGGCAACAGCAGUAUUCCAUUUGGAGGAACUCUGCCGAGCAGAGGCGCCCACGGUACAAAUACGAUCCCGGGUGGAUACAUGCCAUCAUUUUACAAAAAAGACCUUGGUUCUGCUGGUCACAGAAGGCAUCAGGGUCCUUCAAUGGAUUCAACACCAUCAAAUUAUGCAACGUGGCAGUCUGGUCGGAGUCAGAUGAACUCCUCUGCCAACAUGUCAUUGGCCAACAAGAGCACCCCCGGGCUGCUGCCUCGCCCACCAGUACAGACCAUCCACGGGCGAACAGACUGGUCUGCCAAAUACGGUCACCGCUAGUGCCCUCGCUGGAGCUCCGAUCUGCACCCUGGAAGAGAGAGAUCUGUGCUCCUGAGUGCUCUUCCACCUCCAAAGAGUAGGCCUAGUUGUUUUAUAAUUCAACUCUGUACAUACAUCUUAAACAGCAAUAAUUUUUUUUCAUUAUGUGUAUACUAUGGAUAUUGUGAGUUGUAAAAUAUUUAAGUGUAUGUGUAAAGCUAAAUGCUACCGGCCAAACUCUGAGCCCAGAUUUGCUCCUCAGUGUUUCUUUUUAUGUUUCUGUAACAUAACUACUGUCCCUGCACGGGAUGCACCUGGAACCGUCAGUUUUGUAUCAGAUUCAUCAUUGAAUGUUGUUCACCAACCUGCAUACAUAAUAUGCAUAUGAUAUUCUAUGUUCAUCACAACUUCACUGUGACUUCUUUUUGGCUAAUUACUUUUGCCUCUGUACAGUACAGUUCAUUUGUUUUAUAUUCCUGCUGUUUUUGUUUUCUGAUGGUGACAUUGCCAAUCAGGUAACUAUUAUUUGUGUAUUAUAUGUUUUAAUGAAAUUCAAGAAAUUGCUUUAAUUUCAUUGAAAUCAGUACGAUGCAAGUGGUUGCCACACUGUACAAAUCUGUUCUAGUCUCUGAGUUAAAAAGGUCCAGGCUGACAUGUUCAGUCGCCUUGGCCAACUUGAGUGUGAUUAUUGAAUUGCCAGUUAUUAAGUAUAAUUAAAGUUUGACUGGGUACCAAUAUG